AUGAAUUUUUCUUUGUUCUUUCUACUUUCACUUUCAUUUAGCUCUAUUACAUUGACUUUUCAUUCUUUCCCUCUCUCUCUUAUCACUUUCUUUUUUCUCUCUUUCUUCCACUUCUUUGACAUUUCUCCCCUCCUCUUUGCUCCUUACUAUCCUUUCUUUUUUCUUUCUUUCACUUCUCUCAGAUUUCUUCCUCUCUCUUUGCUCCUUUCUCUUUCUUUUUUCUCUUUCUACUUCACCCACACUUCUUCCUUCCUCUUUGCUUUUUUCUUUUUUACUUUCUUCCACUUCUCUCUCAUUUCUACAUUCUUCUUUGCUACUUUCUCUCCUUCCUUUUUCUUCUUCCUUCCACUUCUCCCAUACUUCUUCCUCCCUUUUUGCUCAUUUCUUUCUUUCUUUCACUUCUCUCCACUUUCUUCCUUCCUCUUUGCUUUCUUUCCUUUCUUUUCCUGCUUUUGUUUUGACUUUCAUAUUUACCUUUUCUUUUGUAAAUUCUCCAUUCUGCAUCUUUUAUUUCUUCAUUUUUCCAUUUUAUACUUUCACUUUCAGUUUCACUUUGCAAUCUAUUUCUUCCUUUCAAUUUCAUGUUAUAUCCUUAAUACAUUAACUUUUCAUACUUUUACUCUUUCUCUCUCUCUUAUCUUUUUGUCUUUUCUUUCUUCUCUUUUUCUUCCAGACUUCUUCUUUCCUCUUUGGUCAUUUCCCUCCUUUCUUUUAUCUCUUUCUUCUUUCCUCUUUCCUUUCUUUUCCCUACUUUUAGAUUCACCUCUUCUUUUGUACACACUCCAUUCUCUCUAUCUUCUAUUUCUUUUCUUUUUUUCACCUGUACUCCCUUUACUUUUUUGUUCCUUUGAUUUUUUUCCUUCUAUUGUUUUUAUUUUUUAUUUGUCUUUCAUUUUUUUGUUUACUUUCUUUUACUUUCUUUUCUUUGUAUUUUCUUUCUCUCUUAUUUAUUUUUCUUUUCUAUCGUUUUUAUUUUAUUUCUUGUUUGUUUUUCAUUUUUCUUCUUUCUUUUUUCCUUUUUGGUCUUUUCUUUUCUUUCUCUCUUAUUUGUCCUUCAUCUUUCAUUUUUCUUUUUCUUUCUUUUGUUUGUCUUGCCUUUUCUUUCUCUCUUAUUUGUCUUUUCUUUUCUUUAUCUCUCCCUCGUCUUUCAUUUUUCUUGUCUUUCUUUUUCUUUAUUUUCUUUGUAUUUUCUUUCUUUCUUAUUUGUCUUUCAUUUUUCAUUUUUCUUUUUCUUCUUUUUUUGUCUUUUCUUUUCUUUCUCUCUUAUUUAUUUUUUCUUUUCUAUCAUUUUUAUUUUAUUUCUUAUUUGUUUUUCAUUUUUCUUCUUUUUUUUCCUUUUUUGUCUUUUCUUUUCUUUCUCUCUUAUUUGUCCUUCAUUUUUCUUUUCUUUUCUUUCUUUUCCUUGUCUUCCCUUUUCUUUCUCUCUUAUUUGUCUUUUCUUCUCUGUUUCUCUCUCUUGUCUUUUAUUUUUCUUGUCUUUCUUUUUCUUUUUCUUUGUCUUUUCUUUCUUUCUUAUUUGUCUUUCAUUUUUCAUCUUUCUUUUCUUUAUCUUUUUCAUUCAUCUUUCAUUUUUCAUCUUACUCUUUCUUUUUCUUUCUUUCAUAUUUGUCAUUCAUUUUGACCUUUCUUUUUCUUUUCUUUCUCUCUUAUUUGUCUAUCAUUUUUCUUGUCUUCCUUUUUUGUUAUUCUUCCUUUUCUGUCUUUUCUUUCUAUUUUUUACAUUUCUUUCUUGAUAUUUUUUUGUUGCCUCUAUUUUCUUCUUUUAUUUUCCAACUUCUUUCUUCUUUUUCCAAUUUUUUUCUUAUCUCUCUUUCCUUCUUUCACUUUUAUCCUCUUUUCUUUCUUAACUUUUUCGAUUCUUACUCCCGUUUUCUAUAUUUACUCUUUUCUUUUUGUUCCUAUUUCCUUGCUCUUAUUUCUUUACAACCCAAUAAAAUAAAUAAAAGAUCACAAUUUUCAAUGCUCUAUCAUCUAAGAAUUAAUCAAAUAAAAAUGUGA